AUAUGUAUAGUCCAAAAGGAAAUAUAUUUUUCUAUAUGUGAAUUCGUCCUGGCAAAAAAUUUUUUUAAUGUAUUUAUUUAUUUAAUAAUUGUGCUGGGCACCGCUAGAGGACUUUUUAACUCAUUUACAUUGGACAAUGAACAUGUAGCCUCAAAUAAAAGGUCGGUAUCGCCGUAAAUUUGUUAUUGCCUCUGCAAAGUGUGUGAAGGGACCAGUGCUGGCCCAAGGCAAGUUUUAGGAUGGAGCGAGAUCCUAUUAUGGCGCCCAGGGUUGGAACCCUGCUCACGCACGCAACCCACGCGUGUCUCAACAGAUAAGGCCAUUCACAUACUGGCCACACGCUUGCAAUUAAAAUAUCGAAAAGUGAAAAAAAUAUUUUUUCCUUUAAUUGUCUUUACCACUGAGGCGCCCUCUAGGACUUAGCGCCUGGAGCGGCUGCUCUGUUCGCCUUAUGGUAGGGCCGGUUCUGGAAGGGACAAAUGAAAAUGGACUCAAUUAUAUGUAUAGUCCAAAAGGAAAUAUAUUUUUCUAUAUGUGUUCAAUUCUUAUUCAAUCCUUAUUUUUAGAUAUACAACUUUUUUUAUUACAUUUGUCCUCAAAAAGUAAGUUCUGAUCAAGAACUAUUUCACUCAAACUUCCAUUAUUUGAGUAUUGUGGUAGCAUGAUGUUUACUUAUACUAUACUUUCACAUAUUUGACAUAUAUCCCAACACUGUGGGAGAUAGUGUGUUGUACCUCAUGCAUAGAACUCCGGGUCCUGUUCAUGAGAUCAUUUUUGGACUAUAUUAACUGCUUUGUUAUCUGAUAAAAACCUCUUCCCAUAGCAGUGUUUCUUCAGAGAUUUAAAUACACAAUAUUUACUAAGUUAAAUGGAGAAAUCUGAGCUAUAUGGCAGGUAACCCAGUAUUCCUGUCUAAAUCAUUCAACAAUGGUAUAGGCAAUGUGUAGUAUAGACUAGUGAUUACCAUCAAUUUGGACAUACGAAGAAAGCCAUCUUCAGGAGGAGAUUUUUAUCAAAUAAACAGUCAUUUGAAAAUGCUGAACCAAUUUUUUACGACAUUGUAUGAAAGUAGUUCUGCAAACAGGACCCCAAGUUCUAUGUAUUUCUUAUCACAGAAUUUGGAAAACCCCAUUCCCAUUCCCAAGUAAUGGAAGUUACAGUUUUGAUGUAAUCCUUGGCCAGAACUUACUUUAUGAAUACACUAAGUAAAUUUCAUUUUUGUAUUUUUCCUGUUUUAUCAGUAAAUACUGUAAUUGUAAAUGUAUAAAAGUACAGGCAUUUAUAAUAAUAAAAUAAACUUUUAUAUUACAGCGGCACAAAUUGCUAUUGAUGAUGUUAAUAAAAAUCAAAAUAUUUUAAAUCAAUACAAACUUACUUUACUUGUUAAUGAUGGACAAUGUGCAGCAGAUGAAGUUAUGAAAAGUUUCAUUGGUUAUGUGACAAAUUCCACUUACAAAGAUAUUAUUGGAAUUUUGGGACCAGCAUGUUCAGAUACAGUCGAACCAAUAGCUGGAGUUGCUAAACAUUAUAACACUAUUAUUAUAAGUUAUAGUGCUGAAGGAGCAUUAAUCAAUGACCAAGAUAAAUACCCUUACUUCUUUCGUACAAUUCCUGAAAAUAGUCAGUUCAGGCAUGUUUAUCUACAGUUAUUUAAACAGCUAAAUUGGAACCGUGUUGCUGCAUUAACUGAGGAUGGUCAAAAAUACCCAGAAUAUAUAUCUCUAGUCCAUAACUUAUUGCAAGAAAAUGGAUUGAACUUCAUAAUAAAUAGCAAAUUUCCCCGGGAUCGCGUUUCUCACAACAUGACACAAUAUUUAUUAGAUUUGAAAGGAAAAAAGGCAAAAAUUAUUAUUGGUGACUUUUAUGAUUAUGCAGCAAGGUCUGUUAUGUGUGAAGCAUAUAAACAGGUAAUUGAAAAUUAUAUCAGUUUAUUUAAAGAGAGGUGCUAAUUAAAUUGUUAUUCUUCCCAUUUGUGACAAUUCUCCUCAUAUAGCAAUUUCCAAUCCAUAUACUGUAUAUAGUAUGUUAUCUACAUCCCUGAAAUUAAUAUACUUUUGGGCAGAAGUGAUAAGUAUAUUAAUUUUAGGGAUGCAUAUAAUAUUUUUUCAACAACUCCCAAGUUCUUUAAACAUGUGCUAACAUUUCCAAUGCACAUGCACAUUUAGAUACAUAGUAUAAGCUGCCAACGUGGUACUAAUCAUCUCUUUUGUAAUAUCCCAGUUGUUGUUUAAUUCUUGCAUCUGAUGAUC